AUGCUAGCGGAGGCAAAUGGCCCCGUCCCCCAUGGAAGCGACAGCUCUAUGAGGACAAGCAAUAUCAAUAGUAAUAUUCUGAACCGGGACUCCUCGAUCCUAAUCUCCAAGAUGGAAGACGUUGUCAUCCCGUUCUCGUCCGAGGUGCCCUGCGACAAUAAUGGCCAGCGCAUGUGGUGGGCAUUCCUCGCCUCGUCCAUGGUGACGUUCUUCGGGGGGCUCUUCAUCAUCCUGCUGUGGAGGACCCUCAAGUACAUGUGGACUGUCUGCUGCCACUGCAACAUCAAACCCAAGGAGGCUCAGAAGGUGAUCAACCCCGCCAGUCAUCAGUCAGCAGACAAGGGGAUCAAGGGCCCUGAUGAGAAGGAGGAAGUACCGAUGAGCGAGGUGGGAUGGAUGACCUCGGUCAAAGACUGGGCCGGCGUCAUGAUCUCGGCUCAGACGCUCACUGGCAGAGUCCUGGUGGUGUUGGUCUUUGCACUCAGCAUUGGGGCCCUUGGAAUAUACUUCAUAGACUCUUCAGAUCCUAUAGAAUCCUGCCAGAACUUCUACAAAGACUUCACGCUACAGGUCGAUAUGACCUUUAACGUCUUCUUCCUCCUCUACUUUGGCCUGCGGUUCAUAGCAGCCAACGAUAAGCUGUGGUUCUGGCUGGAGGUGAACUCCGUGGUCGACUUCUUCACUGUUCCUCCUGUGUUUGUCUCCGUCUACUUAAACAGAAGCUGGCUCGGUUUACGAUUCUUGAGGGCACUGAGAUUGAUACAGUUCUCUGAAAUCUUACAGUUUCUGAAUAUCUUAAAAACAAGCAAUUCCAUCAAGCUGGUUAACCUGUGCUCCAUCUUCAUCAGCACAUGGCUCACAGCUGCAGGAUUCAUACAUUUGGUGGAAAACUCGGGGGAUCCUUGGGAAAACUUCCAAAAUUCCCAGUCACUUUCCUACUGGGAAUGUGUCUACUUGCUGAUGGUAACCAUGUCCACGGUUGGCUACGGGGACGUCUAUGCAAAAACCACCUUGGGGCGUCUGUUCAUGGUCUUCUUCAUCCUCGGUGGAUUGGCCAUGUUUGCCAGCUACGUCCCUGAAAUCAUAGAGUUAAUAGGAAACCGCAAGAAAUAUGGUGGUUCCUAUAGUGCGGUUAAUGGGAGAAAGCACAUUGUGGUGUGUGGUCAUAUUACCCUCGAAAGUGUCUCAAACUUCCUCAAAGACUUCCUACACAAGGACAGGGAUGAUGUGAAUGUCGAAAUAGUUUUUCUUCAUAAUAUUUCCCCUAAUCUUGAGCUGGAAGCCUUGUUCAAACGCCAUUUUACCCAAGUCGAGUUCUACCAGGGAUCUGUUCUCAACCCUCACGAUUUGGCCCGUGUGAAGAUCGAGUCAGCAGAUGCCUGUUUGAUCCUGGCCAAUAAAUACUGCGCAGAUCCUGAUGCAGAAGACGCCUCAAACAUCAUGAGGGUCAUUUCAAUCAAGAACUAUCAUCCCAAGAUCAGAAUAAUCACGCAGAUGCUCCAGUAUCACAACAAGGCCCAUCUGCUGAACAUUCCGAGUUGGAACUGGAAGGAGGGUGACGAUGCAAUCUGCCUGGCGGAGCUGAAGGCAGGCUUCAUUGCCCAGAGCUGUCUAGCUCAGGGCCUCUCCACCAUGCUCGCCAACUUGUUCUCGAUGAGGUCCUUCAUUGAGAUUGAGGAGGACACAUGGCAAAAGUAUUAUCUUGAAGGCGUGGCUAAUGAGAUGUACACUGAGUAUUUGUCCAGUGCCUUUGUGGGCCUCUCGUUCCCCACCAUCUGUGAGCUGUGUUACGUGAAACUGAAGCUGUUACUCAUUGCCAUCGAAUACAAGUCGGAGCAAAGAGAAAGCAGAAGCCGAAAGCGCAUCCUCAUCAACCCGGGCAACCACGUCAAGAUGCAGGAGGGAACACUGGGGUUCUUUAUCGCCAGUGACGCCAAAGAAGUGAAGAGAGCUUUCUUCUACUGUAAAGCUUGUCACGAUGACAUCACAGACCCAAAGCGGAUCAAGAAGUGUGGCUGCAAACGACUGAUUUAUUCCAAGAUGUCCGUCUACAAACGAAUGAAACUGGCAUGUUGUUUUGAUUGCGGCCGUUCAGAGCAAGACUGCUCUUGCAUGUCAGGCAGUGUACAUAGUAACAUGGACACCCUUCAGAGGGCCUACCCACUUUCCUCUGUCUCUGUUCAUGAUUGCGCAACCACUUUACGUGCCUCCAAAUAUAAGUAUAAUGGAUAUGUCAGAUCACCAGCAGAUGGCGCUACAACACCAGGGAACAGUGGAGGUCAAAAAGAGGCUGGCGUUCGAUUCAAAGCCGAUUGCAAUUUAGUUGAAGACGAGCAUCCGUCGACGCUCUCGCCCAAAAAAAAGCAGCGCAACGGAGGGAUGAGAAACUCGCCCAACUGCUCGCCCAAGAUGAUGAGUCGACACGACCCCCUUCUGAUUCCUGGAAAUGACCAAAUCGAGAACAUGGACAUGAACGUGAAGAGGUAUGAUUCGACAGGGAUGUUUCACUGGUGCCCGUCUAAGGAGAUCGAAAAAGUCAUCCUGACCCGGAGUGAAGCCUCCAUGACGGUGCUGAGCGGCCAUGUAGUGGUCUGUAUAUUUGGGGAUGUCACGUCCGCUUUGGUGGGGCUGCGAAACUUGGUGAUGCCUUUAAGAGCCAGCAACUUCCAUUACCACGAGCUGAAGCCCAUAGUGUUUGUGGGCUCGCUGGAUUACCUGCGAAGAGAGUGGGAAACUUUACACAACUUCCCCAAGGUCUCCAUCUUACCUGGUACACCAUUAAGUCGGGCGGAUUUAAGGGCUGUCAACAUCAACCUCUGCGACAUGUGUGUAAUCCUGUCAGCCAAUCAGAACAAUAUCGAAGACGCCUCACUGCAGGAUAAGGAAUGCAUCUUGGCAUCGCUCAACAUCAAAUCUAUGCAGUUUGAUGACAGCAUCGGGGUCUUACAGGCUAAUUCCCAAGGUUUCACGCCUCCUGGAAUGGACCGGUCAUCUCCAGACAGCAGUCCAGUACAUGGCUUCGUGCGUCAGGCUUCCGUCACCACCGGAUCCAACAUCCCCAUCAUCACAGAACUAGCUAAACCUGGCAAACCACUGCCAUUGGUUUCCCUCAGUCAGGAAAAAAAGAGUGGAACCCACAAACAAAUGAUAACAGAGCUGGUGAACGACUCAAACGUUCAGUUCCUGGACCAAGAUGAUGAUGAUGACCCAGACACAGAGCUGUACCUCACUCAGCCCUUCGCCUGCGGCACAGCCUUCGCUGUCAGUGUGCUCGACUCCCUGAUGAGCGCUACAUAUUUCAACGACAACAUUCUCACACUUAUCCGGACGCUGGUCACAGGGGGAGCCACACCAGAGCUGGAGGCUCUUCUGGCUGAGGAGAACGCUCUCAGAGGCGGCUACAGCACGCCGCAGACGCUGGCCAACAGAGACAGGUGUCGCGUCGCCCAGCUAGCCCUGUACGACGGGCCGUUUGCUGACUUGGGGGAUGGUGGUUGCUACGGAGACUUAUUCUGUAAAGCACUGAAGACCUACAACAUGCUGUGUUUCGGAAUCUACAGAUUAAGAGAUGCACAUAUCAGUACAACAACCCAGUGUACAAAACGAUAUGUGAUCACAAACCCACCAUACGAGUUUGAGCUGGUGCCCACAGACCUGAUCUUCUGCCUCAUGCAGUUCGACCACAACGCAGGCCAGUCGCGGACAAGCCUCUCCCACUCUUCCCACUCUUCCCAUUCCUCCAGCAAAAAGAGCUCCUCCGUCCACUCCAUCCCAGCGUCCAACCGGCAGAACCGCAGCAGUAAGACCCGGGAGACCCGCGACAAACAGAAUGCAACAAGGAUGAAUAGAAUGGGCCAAGAAAAGAAAUGGUUUACAGAUGAACCAGAAAACGCCUACCCACGGAACAUUCAGAUCAAGCCCAUGAGCACUCACAUGGCCAACCAAGUCAACCAAUACAAAUCCACCAGUAGUCUGAUUCCACCAAUCAGAGAGGUCGAAGAUGAAUGCUGAACUCCAGGUUUUCCUGCUGACUCAGCAGACAUCUGUAAGCUCUUUCCAGAGAGAUGGGACGAGAUCACCAG